UCUCGUUAUGGAGAUUAUUAAUUUGGUGAAGCUUGUGAAUUAAUAAUAAUUAAGUUGGAUCACAGGCAAAGCGUAAAGCGCUGUAAUUGCUGUGGCGUCAUACACACAGAAGCCAAAGCCAAACUAUCGCCUGGCGGAACAACUAAAGAAUAAAAAGAGAAUAAAUAAAUAAAGAAAGAGAAACCAAAUCAUAUUCCCCAAGCGUCAGUCCCCACCCACGUGAACGCGACGACAACACUUCUCUCUCUCUAGAAUCCCCCCCUCUCUCUCUCUCUCUCUCUCUCUCUAGAAAGAGAAAGCAUAAGCCUCACUGGCACUGCAAGCAUAGGCCAUGGCCGUGGCAUGAGAUGACCGACCUCCCACUCCUCCGCCAACACCACAACCUCAAGCUGAUUCUUCUGCUCCAACAAUGUCCGUAUCAUGCGGAGUAGAGUGCGUGGUGAUCCUCGGCUGCAUGCGUUGGGCAUGGAAGCGCUGCACAUACGUUGGCUCCGACGACAGCGCCGCCUGGCCCUGCCCCACCGCCGACGAGUUUGAGCCCGUCCCCCACAUCUGCCGCCUCAUCCUCGCCGUCUACGAGCCCGAUCUCCGCAAUCCUCAGUUCCCUCCCGCCGGCGGCUACCGCCUCAACCCCGAUUGGGUCAUCAAACGCGUCACCUACGAGCAAACCCUAGGCCAGUCCCCUCCUUACCUCAUCUACACCGACCACGACCACCGCGAGAUCGUCCUCGCCAUUCGUGGCCUCAACCUCGCCAAGGAGAGCGAUUACAAGCUCCUCCUCAACAACCGCCUCGGGAUGCAGAUGUUCGACGGCGGCUUCGUCCACCACGGCCUUCUCAAGUCGGCGAUUUGGCUCCUCAAUGAGGAGUCCGAGACGCUCAAGCGCUUGUGGCUCGAUCACGGCUCCGACUACCGGAUGGUUUUCGCCGGACACUCGUUAGGGUCCGGCGUCGCCGCGCUUCUCACGGUGAUCGUGGUGAAUCAUGGAGACCGGUUGGGAGGGAUUCCGAGGAGUAAGGUUCGCUGCUACACGAUUGCUCCGGCCAGGUGUAUGUCGCUCAAUUUGGCCGUCAAGUAUGCCGACGUUAUACACUCCAUUGUCUUGCAGGAUGAUUUCUUACCAAGAACAGCCACUCCAUUAGAAGAUAUAUUCAAGUCCAUAUUUUGCUUGCCCUGCUUGUUAUUUUUGGUUUGUUUGAGGGAUACCUUCAUACCAGAAGGUAGAAAACUUCGAGAUCCAAGGAGACUUUAUGCACCUGGAAGAAUGUACCAUAUUGUUGAGCGAAAGUUUUGCAGGUGUGGGAGAUAUCCUCCAGAGGUCAGAACUGCCAUUCCUGUUGAUGGGAGAUUUGAACAUAUUGUCUUGUCAUGCAACGCCACAUCUGAUCAUGGAAUUAUUUGGAUAGAAAGGGAAGCGGAGAAGGCUUUAGAAAGAAUGAAGGAAAGUUGUGCUGGGACUGUAACCACGCCUCCAAUAGUACAGAAACUCGAGAGGUUGCAAACCAUUGAAAAGGAGCACAAAGAUGCAUUAGAAAGGGCUGUCAGUUUGAAUGUACCUCACGCUGUGGCCACAGAUGAGGAACCACUCAAUGAGCAAAACACAGAAGUGUCUGAUAGUCGGAAUGACGACGCCCAAGAAAGCGCCUCAAAGUCAAGUCGGGGGACGACAAACUGGGAUGAAGUAGUUGAGAAGCUUUUUAAGAAAAAUCGAUCUGGAAAUCUGCAACUGAACAGAGAUGCUAAUGCUCCAAAUCAAUAGCAUCUCCUGUCCAUUUUUAUUUUAUUUUCCUCCAUGAUUUUCCUGCUUGAAGUCUGAAGAUAGGAAUUGAGUAGACGUUUGGUUCAUGGAUUCAGAAUUAUAGACGAAUAUAUGAAACAAACAUCCCAUGAGUGUUUCAUAAUUCGUCCCUGCCUUUUGUUAACCAUUAUUUUGAAAAUGCUAGAAUUUGUACAUUAUAUCAUGUAUCGAUGUUGUCAAAAUAACAGAAACCCGGCUCUGUUGCCCAUAAUGAGAAAUCGCCAGUAUAGAGGAAAAACAGAAUU